AUGGAACCAUUAAUAUUAGAUGAAAAAAUAAGAAUAUAUGCAUUACUACCAAUUUUUAUAAUUGUAGUUUUAGUUUGUAUAAUAAAAAGUAAUAUGGGACAAAUGCUUUUCCCUGAAGCUAAAACAGAUGUAGAAAAAUUAAGACAGAAUAAUUUUUUAACAAGAUUCAAUUUACUAAAAUCAAAUAGUGGUUUUAUCAGUCCAGUAGCUUUUUUAAGUCGUAAAAAAUUUUACAACAAACCACAAGUUGGUUUUUUCAAUGAUUUACCUGAACAAAUUAAUCCAUUUGAUGCUAUGCUUAAACAAGAUCCUUCUGAUUUAUUUGGAAUGAUGAAAAAUCAAAUUCCCUUUUUUAUUUUACAGUUAGGUUUAGGUUUUUUAAUUAACCUUUUUUUUUCAGGAUAUUUAGUUGCUAAAAUACCAUUUCCAUUAACUUACAAAUUUAAAUCGACAUUGCAAAUGGGAAUGGAUAUAGACCUAUUAGAUAUGAAAUUUGUGUCUUCACUCUCAUGGUAUUUUCUUGUUAUGUUUGGAUCAAGUGGAUUAAUUAGUAUUAUUGAUUAUUUUGUUCUUCAAGAAAAAGAUAGGUCACAGAAUAGUACUUUUGAGAAUUUGAUGGCUGUUCAAAACCCUUUAGCUAGACAACCCCUAAAUAUGAAUAGUGUACCUGAUUUAAAAAAGUUUUAUGAACAAAAGAAAGAGGAAUUAGAUAAUAUGAAAUAUGAAUUUUUACUUGAAGAUAUAGAAUAUAAACUCAUAAAAAGUUGGAUAUAA